AUGGAACGGAAGGAGGUCAUGGACCUCGGCAGCGGCGAGCCCAAGGAGAUCAUGGACCUCAUCAGCGGCAAGCCGAUGGAGACCAUAGGCCUCGGCAGCGGCGAGCUCGAGGACUAUCCCUUCGUGAGGCGGCUCCGCAACCGGCGGCUCCUCGUCUACCUCUGGCUCCAGGGCUUCGACGCUGCUUACGAUAGGCUGCAUUUGCGGCAGCUGGUGGUCUGGGGCCGGUGGAGCGAAGCCCUCGACUACAUAAGUCGCUUCCUGCCGCCGGUGCUCAACGACUGGAGCCUCGAUGCCCGUUCCCUCCUCUUCUUCCUCCACACGCUCUGGGCUCUGGCCAACGUCGCCGCGUGCUCGACGGGCGGCCUUGUGAACGACUCUGUGCACAGCGACCUCAGCUUCCUGGGGACACUUUCCAGUACCAACGCCAAGCUCUCCUCCAUCCUACGAUACACACUCCACUCGCCGCAGUUCAGGGAGUCUCUGGACUGGAUGCUGGUGAGGAAGAAGGCAUCGUUGAUUGUCGAUGACUGGGCUCUUGAGACUCCGGAAUUGAGGCGCAAGAUGCAAUUGCCCGGUGGUCCAGGUCUCCCGCGGGACUUGCUUCCCAUCGGCCCCCUUUGCCCAAGGCGUCACCGGAGGGAACAAUCCCGGCGGGCAAAAGCAUCUACGAUUGCCAAGUCUUAUCUCAACAGGAAGAGGAGUCUGCCGCCUACAAGCCCACAUCCUGCAGGAUUGCCCAAAGAUGCACUCAGACGGGUGGCAGAUCUUAUUGAGGGAUGUUUAAGAGCUGGUAAACUUCUGGAGCUCCAUCAAGGGUGCCCGCUUCAAUCAAAUGCAAAGGGAGGUGCUUCUGAUACUCCACUUCUGCAGACCAUGUUUGGUACCGUAACAAAUCCUGCUAAAAACACUGGGACCUCAUCAGUGACAAAUGCAGGUGCUGCCGUCUCACGGCCUAUUAAAAUCCCUUGGAUCACAUCUCCCACAAAUGCAGGCCCAAUCAAGCAUUCUAGAAAAGAUGGGUGCUAUAGCAACAGUGCUGGUCAGGGUUCUGUUGGAAGAAAAAAAAGAGAAGAUUUGAUGACUGAGGAAGAUGAUCCUGAUAGAAAAAGGCAACGGACUGAACUGGAGUUGCUGACUGAAGUGGAAGCUGGAUCUUGCGGCCAGUUGCUGACUGAAGUGGAAGCUGGAUCUUGCGGCGCCAACUUGAUGGCCAACUGA